AUGGUGAUGCAAUCCAAGGCUGGUCAACUCAAUCUUGUAGUGGGGUCCCAUAUUUGGGUAGAGGACCCUGAGUUAGCUUGGAUAGAUGGAGAAAUCCAGGAAUCUAAAAAGGACGAGGUCACGAUUCUCUUUGAAUCGGGCACGAGGGUUGUGAGCAAAUCCGCUAACAUGUAUCCCAAAGAUCCAGAAUUCCCACCUACUGGUGUGGAAGAUAUGACAAGACUGGCAUAUCUGCAUGAACCAGGAGUUCUUCAGAAUUUGCAUAUUCGAUAUUCCAUAAAUGAGAUCUAUACUUACACGGGAAAUAUAUUGAUAGCUGUGAACCCUUUUCAAAGGUUACCUCAUUUAACUGAAACUAGUACCAUGGCAAAGUAUAAAGCUGCGGCUUUUGGUGAGCAGAGCCCGCAUCCUUUUGCAAUUGCAAGUUCUGCAUAUAGAAAGAUGAUAAACGAAGAAAAAAGCCAAUCUAUUUUGGUUAGUGGAGAAAGUGGAGCUGGCAAGACAGAGAGUACAAAGAUGCUUAUGCACUAUCUUGCUUUUUUGGGAGGGAGAGCAGCAACUGAAGGACGGUCUGUGGAGCAACAAGUUCUCGAGUCCAAUCCAGUUUUAGAAGCAUUUGGCAAUGCAAAGACCGUUAGGAACAAUAAUUCUAGUCGUUUUGGUAAGUUUGUGGAGAUUCAGUUUGAUCAAAAGGGGAGAAUUUCAGGAGCUGCUAUCAGAACAUAUUUGCUGGAACGAUCCCGUGUUUGUCAAGUUUCUGAUCCUGAGAGAAACUAUCAUUGCUUUUAUAUGCUGUGUGCUGCACCAAAAGAGGAAUCUGGUAAGUACAAAUUGGGAGAUCCAAGAAAAUUCCAUUACCUUAAUCAAUCAAAUUGCAUUGAGUUGGAUGGGUUGGAUGAUUCUAAGGAGUACCUUGCAACUAGGAGAGCUAUGGAGGUUGUUGGGAUCAGCGGAGAUGAGCAGGAUGCUAUAUUUCGAAUAGUAGCUGCAGUACUUCAUUUAGGAAACAUUGAGUUUAUUAAGGGUUCGGAAGAUGAGUUGGAUUCCUCUCAGCCCAAGGAUGAAAAAUCCAUUUACCACCUAAAAACAGCAGCCGAGCUUUUGAUGUGUGACGAGAAGUCCCUUGAAGACUCUUUCUGCAAACGUGUUAUGGUGACUCGUGGUGACACCAUAACAAAAUCACUUGAUCCAACUGCUGCAGCCCUCAGCAGAGAUGCAUUGGCUAAAAUAGUUUAUUCAAGGCUUUUUGACUGGAUUGUGUGCAAGAUAAACAACACUAUUGGGCAAGAUCCAGAUUCAACUAAAUUGAUUGGGGUUCUUGAUAUAUAUGGAUUUGAGAGUUUCAAAACCAACAGCUUUGAGCAAUUCUGUAUCAAUUUGACAAAUGAGAAAUUACAGCAGCAUUUCAACCAGCAUGUCUUCAAAAUGGAGCAAGAGGAAUAUACAAAGGAAGAGAUUAAUUGGAGUUAUAUUGAGUUCGUUGAUAAUCAAGAUGUUCUUGAUCUCAUAGAGAAGAAACCUGGUGGCGUUAUUGCUCUCCUGGAUGAGGCCUGUAUGUUUCCAAGAUCAACGCAUGAAACAUUUGCUGAAAAGCUAUACCAAACCUUUAAAGACAACAAACGCUUCAGCAAGCCGAAGUUGUCUCGCACAGACUUUACCAUUAACCACUAUGCCGGUGAUGUCACUUAUCAAACUGAUUUUUUCCUUGAUAAAAAUAAAGACUACGUUGUUCCAGAGCAUGCUGCUCUACUCAGUGCUUCGAAGUGCUCCUUUGUUUCAGGGUUGUUCCCUCCUUUACCCGAGGAAACUACAAAAUCGACAAAGUUCUCUUCUAUAGCCACUCAGUUUAAGCUACAACUGCAAUCUUUGCUUGAAACACUAAACGCUACCGAGCCUCACUAUAUUCGUUGUGUAAAGCCAAAUAAUCUUCUCAAACCUGGGAUAUUCGAGAACAAUAAUGUGUUGCAGCAGCUUCGAUGUGGAGGAGUAAUGGAGGCAAUUCGUAUAAGUUGUGCUGGAUAUCCCACUAGAAAGUCCUUUGAUGAAUUUGUUCAGCGGUUUACCAUCCUGGAACCUAAAGUUCUGAAAUCAUGCCCUGAUGAGGUGACAGCUUGCAAGAGGCUUCUAGAUAGAGCGAACCUUAAAGACUAUCAGAUUGGAAAGACAAAAGUGUUUCUAAGAGCAGGUCAAAUGGCAGAACUAGAUGCAUGUCGUGCUGAGGUCCUAGGAAUGUCUGCAAGUGUUAUUCAGAGAAAAGUCCGCACGUUUCUUUGUCGGAAACAUUACGUCUUAUUGCAGUUGUCGGCCACAGAACUUCAAAGGGUUGCGAAAGGACAACUUGCACGACGUCAGUAUGAAUGCAUGAGGAGGGAAGCCGCUUCUAUAAAAAUUCAGAAAGAUUGCCGCAUGUAUAUUUCCAGAAAGUCUUACAAAACUAAAUAUGCCUCGGCGAUUUGUAUUCAAACUGGAAUGCGAGGGAUGGCUGCUAGAAAUGAUCUUAGCUUCAGGAGACGGACAAAAGCUGCAAUUAUUAUUCAGGCUCGGCAAAGAUGUCAUUCGGCUCGUACUUAUCACCUGAAGCUAAAGAAAGCAGCAAUUUUUGCACAGUGUUCCUGGAGGAGAACAAUAGCACGGAGAGAACUUCGAAAGCUUAAAAUGGCUGCCAGGGAAGCUAAAGCACUUGAAGAGGCAAAAAAUAAUCUGGAAAAGCAAGUCAAAGAGUUAACUUCAAGUCUAGAAGAAGAAAAGGCGAUGAGGUUCCAAGAAAUUCAGGAAGCCAAGACACAGGAAACUGAAAAACUACAACAUGCUUUGAAAGAGAUGGAGCUUCAGCUCCAGGAAACUAAGGCAGCGCUCAUUCAGGAACAAGAAGCUGCCAAGAAAUUAGCUGAUCAAAACCCAAGUUUACAGGAGAAAUCUGUUAAUGAUGUUGACAAUGAAUUGAUCAGUAAGCUUACAGCAGAAAAUGGUCAACUCAAGAAAGAAAACGAACAGCUUAAGGAAAAAAUUGAUGAAACAGAGAGGAAAUAUGAAGAAUGUAACAAGAUUAGUGAGGAGCGCAUGAAUCAAAUUAUAGAGACAGAAUCAAAGAUGAUUGAGAUAAAGACAAAUAUGCAGAGGCUUGAAGAAAAAGUGUCCGAUAUGGAAACUGAGAAUCAAGUUUUGCGGCAGCAAACAUUGUUGAGUUCAUCAUCAUCCAGAAGAAUGUCAGGAAAGUUUUCCCCUGCUACAGUUCCGCCUGUGGAAAAUGGCCAGGCGCAGCAGACUUCUGUUCCUGCAAAAACAUUUGGUUCAGAGGAUAGUAAAGGAAGGAGAUCUCUUAUGGAGAGACAUCAAGAGAGCAUAGAUAUUCUUUUCAAAUGUGUGACAAAAGAUCUAGGAUUCUGUGAAGGAAAACCUGUUGCAGCAUUUACCCUUUACAAUUGUCUGCUACAUUGGAAAUCUUUUGAAGCAGAAAAAACCAGCAUAUUUGAUCGUCUUAUUCAGAUUAUUGGUUCUGAAAUAGAGGAUCCAGACAAAAAUGAUUGUAUGGCUUAUUGGCUAUCCAACACAUCUUCUUUGUUUUUCCAUCUUCAUCGAUGUUUAAGAGUACCAACAGCACGGAAACCGCCCACUCCGACAUCAUUUUUUGGGAGGAUGACCCAGGGUUUUCGCUCAUCUAAUAGUCUUUCCAGCAGUGCUUUUGAUGUAGUGCAUCAGGUUGAUGCCAAGUAUCCAGCUUUGCUUUUUAAGCAACAGCUUGCAGCUUAUGUGGAAAAAAUAUAUGGAAUCGUUCGAGAAAAUUUCAAGGCAGAUUUAACACCUCUGCUUUCUUCUUGCAUUAAGGCAGAGAGAGAAUCAAAUGACAACAGCCAACAAGCUGGUUCUUGGCUCAGCGUUAUGGAAUGCCUUAAUAAAUAUCUCAAGAUUAUGAAAGAAAACUAUGUCCCUACUGUUCUAGUUCACAAGCUAUUUAAUCAAAUUUUUCAAUACAUCAAUGUGGAACUCUUUAAUAGCAUUCUUUUGCAUGGAGAAUGCUGCACAUUCAAACAUGGAGAAUAUAUAAAAUCAGGUUUGGCAGAACUAGAAGGAUGGUGUACUGAAGCAACGGAAGAGUACAUUGGCUCAUCUUGGGAUGAACUCAAACAUGCAACACAAGCAGUUAAAUUCUUGGUUGCAGAAAAGAAGGAAGAGCUAUCUUAUGAUGAUCUUACAAACGACCUAUGCCCCGUCCUGAGUGCUCAACAACUUUAUAGAAUAUGUACACUUUACUCUGAUGAUGAUGAUGACAAAAAACAAAGUGUAUCAGCAGAUGUCACUACUAGAUUGAAGCUUCUGAUGACAGAUGAUGCAGAUGAAGAUAGUAAAGCCUACUUGCUGGAGGACAACUCAAGCCAUCCUAUCAUAGUUGAAGAGAUCCCUUCUUCUCAAGAUAAGAGCACUCCAAAAGUAAAACCUCCUGCAGAACUUCUUGAGAAUGCAAACUUCCAAUUUCUGCAUGACUAUUUCUAGUUUCCCUGUGAUGCGGCUUAGCUUUUAAGGCUCAAAAUGUGUUCUCCUAUUCAACAUCAUGCUGUAAAUCCACCCAUUCUCACCCUGGCCCCUCCUCUCUUUUUUUCUUGUAUUUUGUGAGCAUUCAUCAUGUAUUGGUUGUGUUAGCAAAAAAGCAGGGUAGGUUUCAUAACAUCAUCUGUUCACAUUUUCUUUUCACCUCUUUUGUUAUUAGAUUAUUUGGAUGUUCACAAGGGGCGCAAUUCUUUGUAUUAGUGUGAAGAGAGAAAAGUUACCAUUUGUAAAAUAAUACUAGGAGUUGAUCACUUAGAUUUUGUUCUUCUGCCCUCAAAUUUCACGUUGUAGAAAUCAUUAUAUUACCAUUUUUG